ACUUCAGCUCAAGAACUGGAGACGCUAACAUACUCUGUCUCUUCUCCAGGUGAUCUUUCCUGAACAGAGAGAUGAAAUCAGCAGAGAAACUCAUCAUCAUCGUUUGUUUUCUGUUUCAAGGUGUUUUGUGUAGAGAAUUCUCCAUCAGUCUACCACAGAGUGUAGAAGCUCUGAGAGGACUCUGUGUUCUCAUACCCUGCAGGUUUGAGAUUAAAGAAGAAUUUGAUGCAGACCUCAAGACAGAUCUUACAGGAAUCUGGUUAAAAGACGGCAGUAACCAUAACUAUAACCAAGUCUUUAACUCUAAAGAAACUAAAGAGAACAAGAUUGAAGGGGAAAUUAUAGGAGACCUCCACAUGAAGAACUGCACCACCAUCUUCUACAACAUCAGAAAGAAUUACACUGGAAGAUAUUACUUUAGAAUAGAAACUUCAGGAAGACUGAAAGAGACAUAUAGAUCAUCAGUACGUAUAAGAGUGCGAGACUCUCCAAUCAGCCCCUCAAUAACACUGUAUAAGGAGGAUCAGGGGAAGGUGGAGGACCAAAAUGAGGUGGUGGAGAGAACUUCAGUGAGUCUCAUUUGCUCUGCUCCAGCUCCUCCAUGUCUCUUAAAGCCUCCCACUUUUACAUGGAACUUCCUGCCUGAGGAGAGAAGACAGGAGCAGAACCACAACACCAGCUUCAGUUCCUCUCAGCUGAACUUCAGCGCUACUCACCUGCAUCAUAGAGUCAAUUUCACCUGCACUGCCACCUACCAGCUCCAGAACAAGAACAAAUCAGCACAGAGCUCUUUUACACUACAUGUUCUGUAUGCUCCUAGAAGCACGUCAGUAUCAGCGUCUCCAUCUGCUUCAGUGCUUUUGGGCAGUUCAGUGUCUCUGAAUUGCAGCAGUGAUGCAAACCCAGCAGUGCUGAACUACACCUGGUACAGAGAGAACAGAGGGCAGAUAGGAACCGGAAAACAUCUCACCAUCAACACGACUGAUUCUACACAGAGUGGUUUAUACUACUGUAGAGCUCAAAACCAGCUCGGAGAUCACAGCUCAUCUGUGUACCUGGAUGUUCAGUAUGCUCCUCGGGUCUCUCCCUUCUCCAUCUGUAACAGCGCUAAGGAUUUGAUCAUGUGUUUCUGUGAAGUUCGUGGAAAUCCAUCUCCUAAACUGGAGUGGCGUCUCUCCGGGCAAACUGUCUCUCCCUCUGAGGUGACAUCUAUCCGAGAGGAGUCUGUGUGUAACAUGGGUUUAAGAAGCUUUAUUACCAUUCGUGAAUCAUUUAUAGACACGCCCACUCUGCAGUGUGUUGGCUCCAACAACCUGGGUGUUGACACACACCUGUUUAAUAUCAUUUCAGAUCACAGACACACUGCAGUACUUUAUCUGGUUCUAUCUCUCUCUGUGGUUCUCCUUCUGUGUGUUGGUGUUAUUGGAUUUCUCAUCUACAAAUUAAAGCAAUUGUCCAGUAAAAUGAAAGUUCUACAGACAGGAGAUACUUACGCUUCUCUCCAGCUCUCUGCUGUACAGAACUCUGAUUAUGAAACUCUGCAGACUAACAGAGAGACGAGAGGAAAAAAGGACAACAGCUGAAAAGCUGCACUUUUUCAUCACUCGAUUUUCAGCCACAUCAGGAAUAAACAGUGUGUGUGUGUUGCUGUUACAGUAAAAUAAUCAACAGUGGGGUGGCAGGAUAAAGCAGAGCUACUGUUACCACCUUGAAGUUGAUUACUUUCCUAUAACAGCACAUCCCCACGAGUUUUAUUCUUCUUAUUCCACAGCACUUUGACAACAAUUACAAUUUUUUCAUUUAUUAAAUUUCAACAUUUCGUACUUUUAAUCCAUUUAUAGUUACAUUUAAUGUUGUGGACCAUCAGUGGAACAAAUUAUUUCCUGUUCUCACUUGGUUUAUAGCAGCUAUAGACAGUCGUUCCCUCAGAAGCGUCUCGUUUUUCUCUGUCUCGAAGUUAAUAAGAUAAAAAAUGCAGCUUGUCAUGUUAAACUCUUCUGUCUUUAAGAUGGAGGAAAUCGUGUAUUUUAUUGUAUAAAGGGUUUUUAAAAACCUGUGUUCAUUUAGCGGUGUGUUUAUUGUUUAUUGCUGUAAAUGAUGUUGAAAUUUACUUUUAUAUAAAUACAAAUAUGUGUUAUUGAUUGUUUAUUUUAAUGUUCAGGUUUUUGUGUGAGUGAAAAAAAUUCUUGUUACAAUUCAGUACAUGACAUAUUUAUCAUUUAUUUUUUAGUUUAAUCUAUUUUUAGUUUAAUCUAUAUUAUAAUUAUUAUAUAUAUUAUUAUAUCUAGAAUAUUAAAUAUUCACCAGUGGUUCUUUGUUUUGCU